GCUACGCACCAGUGACGGGGAUGUGCCACCCGCUCCGCAGCUGCACCCUCAACCACGAAGACGGCUUCUCCUCGGCGGUCGUCGUCGCCCACGAGACUGGCCACGUGUUAGGCAUGGAGCACGACGGCCAGGGCAACCGCUGCGCCGAUGAGACCAGCAUGGGGAGCAUCAUGGCACCACUGGUCCAGGCCGCCUUCCACCGCUACCACUGGUCCCGCUGCAGCAAGCAGGAGCUCAACCGCUACAUUCACUCCUAUGACUGCCUCCUGGAUGACCCCUUUGAGCACCAGUGGCCCACGUUGCCCGAGCUGCCGGGCAUUAACUACUCCAUGGACGAGCAAUGCCGCUUCGACUUCGGCGUGGGCUACAAAACCUGCACGGCGUUCCGCACCUUCGACCCCUGCAAGCAGUUGUGGUGCAGCCACCCAGACAACCCCUACUUCUGCAAGACCAAGAAGGGACCACCCUUGGAUGGGACCGAGUGCUCUCCGGGCAAGUGGUGCUUCAAGGGACAUUGCAUCUGGAAGACGUCGGAGCAGCCUUACAGCCAGGACGGCAGCUGGAGCUCCUGGUCCAAGUUCGGUUCCUGCUCCAGGACCUGCGGAGGAGGGGUGCGCUCUAGGAGCCGGAGAUGUUUUAACCCACCGGCUUUAUUUUCCAGCCCGGCGUACGGUGGGCGCAACUGCCCGGGAGCCACCUACGAGUACCAAGUGUGUAACGCCGAGGAGUGCCCGGGGCCCUACCAGGAUUUCCGUGCCCAGCAGUGCUCCAAGCGCAACUCCUACUACACCCACCAGAACAGCAAACACGCCUGGCUGCCCUACGAGCAUCACGACGAUGCUCAGAAGUGUGAGCUGAUCUGCCAGUCCGAGGGAACGGGGGACGUGGUGUUCAUGAAUCAGGUUGUUCACGAUGGUACCCGGUGCAGCUACCGAGACCCCUACAGCGUCUGCGUCCGGGGCGAGUGCCUGCACGUCGGCUGCGACAAGGAGGUCGGCUCCCUGAAGCAGGAUGACAAGUGUGGGGUCUGUGGAGGAGACAACUCCCACUGCCGGACGGUGAAGGGCACGCUGGCCAAAACCCCCAAGCAGCCGGCAGGUGUUUUGAAGAUGUUUGAGAUUCCAGCUGGGGCGAGGCACCUUCAGAUAGAAGAGAUGGAGCCGGCAUCCCACAGCAUCGCUGUUAAGAACCAAGCCACGGGUAACUUCAUCCUUAACGCCAAGAGCAAAGAAGCCAAAAGCCAGGUGUUCAUUGAGAUGGGCUUGGAGUGGGAAUACACCAUUGAACAUGGCAAGGAGAGCCUGAAAACCAGCGGUCCUCUGCACGAGGCCAUCAGCGUUUUGGUCAUCCCUCAGGAGGAGGAGGUGAGGAGCAGCCUGAUGUACCGGUACAUCAUCCACGAAGACCUGCUGCCCAUGAUUGGAAACAACAAUGUCCUGCUUGAGGAGAUGGAUUCCUACGAGUGGGCCCUCAAGAGCUGGUCUCCGUGCUCCAAGGCGUGCGGAGGAGGUAGCUUUCCCUUCGUAGCAGUCCCCGGCGUGUUCUUGGGAGGAUGCUUGGGUGUGCCGAUCCGGCGGCGGUGUAACCUCCAGGAGUGCUCCCAGCCAGUCUGGGUGGCCGAGGAGUGGGGUGCCUGCAGCAGGUCCUGCGGCAAACUGGGGGUACAGGUGCGGGCGGUGCAGUGCGUGCAGCGCGUCCAGCAGCGGCAGGUGGUCUGCAAGGGCAGCGAGAGCGGCGGGCGCUGCGAGGGUGACAAACCGGAGACCGUCCAGGGCUGCCAUGUGGCCCCCUGCCCGGGGAAGCUCUCCGGCAUCACCGCCAGCACCGACGCCGGUGACCGCGGCACACCCAAAGGGCAGCGGGUGUCCCAGGACGGGGCCAAAAACCCUGUGAGCAAAAUCUCCUCAAAGGAGCCUUGCCUCGGGGACAAGUCCAUCUUCUGUCAGAUGGAGGUCCUGGCUCGCUACUGCUCCAUCCCCGGCUACAACAAGCUC